CUCCUUACUUACUUCUUUUUAUAGGUCUAUUAUAUCCAGAGCCCCAUUUUCCUUCGACUUAUUUAGGGUUUCUGCUCGUAGGGUUUCUGAGCAGUUGUUAGGAACGGAAGAGGAGGAAAGCGGCAACCAUGGUUCUCAAGACUGAGCUCUGCCGUUUCAGUGGAGCCAAGAUAUACCCUGGCAAGGGUAUCAGAUUUGUUCGUUCUGAUUCCCAGGUUUUCCUCUUCGCAAAUUCAAAGUGCAAGAGGUAUUUCCACAAUAGACUGAAGCCUUCUAAGCUAACAUGGACUGCCAUGUAUAGGAAGCAACAUAAGAAGGACAUUGCUGCUGAGCAAGUAAAGAAAAGGCGUCGCGCCACCAAAAAGCCUUAUUCAAGGUCGAUUGUUGGUGCCACCUUGGAGGUGAUCCAGAAGAAGAGAACCGAGAAGGCAGAAGUUCGAGAUGCUGCCAGGGAGGCUGCUCUUCGUGAAAUUAAGGAGAGGAUUAAGAAAACUAAGGAUGAGAAGAAGGCGAAGAAAGCAGAGGUGACUUCCAAAUCACAAAAAACACAGACCAAGGGCAACGUACCCAAGGGUGCUGCUGCACCUAAGGGCUCCAAACUUGGUGGAGGUGGAAAGCGCUGAUUUGCCAGUGUCCACUCUUCCUCUUUGAGUAACUUUAGAUAGGUGGUUUUUUUGUUUUGCAUUUUAAAGUUUUUGUAUGGAUUUAGGCAUCGAUGGCCGAAACUGUGCUACAGAUAUUUAUAGUUUUGGAAGUGGACUAGAUUUAAAUUCUUUUAUGGUUUUAA